GUUGGUGGUGGUAAAGUUGAGGUGGUACAGAGUAAAGGGUGUUCGAAGCUAGUGGUUGGGGUCUCAUCUCCAUUGUCUUCUAUAAGAAGUAUACAGUCACUUGAGCCAAUGUCUCCUGCUUCGUCCUCUUUUCCGUCUGAGCCAGUCACCGCUCGAUCAACCGCUCCCUUUGCAGGCCUUGUUAUCUGUGUCACUGGUCUCUCUAAAGAAGCAACGGAACAAGUGAUGGAAGCAACGGAGAGAUUAGGUGGCCAGUACAGCACUAAUUUACAUCCUCAGUGUACCCAUUUGGUGGUUCAAAGCUUUGGUGGACGUAAGUUUGAGCAUGCUUUGAAGCAUGGGUCAAAACAUGGUAUCUUAGUUGUCACAUUUGGGUGGUUUGUGGAUAGUGUCAGGAGUAAAGUGAGGCUGAGUGAAUCACUCUACAGUGUUCAGAACUGUGAAGAAAAUGGUACGCAGUUGGAUGAGUUGAAUCGGCUUACUGGGUUUUCUGGUACUGAAAAUUCUUGUUUUACCGUUGUUACUCAUGGAGCCAAGAGAUUUGACAUUAUUAAAAAAGCAAGGUGUUUUGGAAGAGAGUUUUAUAGAGGUACAGCAUCAACCCUUUCUGGCCACUCCGUGUAUAUCGAUCCAGACAUUUCAGCUGAACUGCGUAAUAAGGUCGUUGAGACUGUUGCUAGAGAAGGUGCCAAACUUGUAGAACAAUGGUUUGUUGGUUCCAGUGCUAGUCAUGUGGUUUGUGAAGGGACUUCUGUCCAAAGAUAUCUUGGCCACUCUAGUAACAUCAUCACACCCCUGUGGAUUCUGAAAACAGCGAAGGAGAAAUACGUACAACGGUUUGUUCACAUGUUUGCUGACUUGGCUAGGCAGGUUGGUAUGAUGCUUGAAGAUUCACAAAAUGGCAUUACAGGCAAGGAAACAAAUGAGCAAAACGUCCCUGAAGAUGAUCAGAGUUUUAGAAAUAAAGCAAGCCUCAAUGAAAGGCAACACAUUGUGAAAUACGCUAAAAUUGGGGUAAGGAAUCGCCGUAAUCGUCGUAUGCAGGUUUGUCAAACCCUAAUACGUCCAAUAACACCAAUCAGCCUUUUGGAUUCAAUCUGCUGGUCAAUAUCUGAGCCAACUUCAACUGCUUCAAUUUUCACAUUCUCUUUCAAUGUUGGUUGUACAAGUGAACCUCCCUCAUCUGUAUUCCGAGAUGCAAAAGGGGAUUCAGAAGCUUCAUUUGUGCACUUAACCCAGCCACUUACAGAACGUGAGAAAUCCGAAUUGAUAUUUAAAUACCAUUUUCUUACCAUACUGUUUCCCAUUGACCGAUUUGGUGAGAUGGGGCCUUCUUCAAGAACGUUUUUCAGCAAUAACGGCUUUACGAGUAUGCAAGUGUUAGAUCAUAUCUAUGAAUUUUAUCAGGAGAACAUGUGUGUUGACGAAAUAGAGGCUGCAAUUCACACUGAUUCAAGGCGUGCAAACCAGCUGCGAUCAGUGUACUCCAGUAUAGAAACAGCGGAAUGUGGCUAUGUGGUUUUCAAACGGAUUGAUUUCUUAGGAAGUCGCAAAAUUUUUGAAAUGUUGAAGCGUGUCAGUGGGGACUAUGACAGUAAUGUGUACGAGCUGUUGCUCAGGGCAUGAUAUUCCUUGUACAAUGAAAGAUAUAUUUGAUGGUUGAGGUUUCUAAUCUGUAUUAGCUUCAACUGUUCGAUUAUAUGACUUGAUUUGGCAAGCAUGGUUAAUAGUAUAAA